AAAGAACCCCCAUACGUGCGAUGGUGCGGUAUGUGGAUCAAAAACUUACAGUCUUGUGUACGUCUUACGUACCGUGCUUGCAGUCCUCAGCCUAAUGAGGUUAAGCACGUAUAACGAAGAAGAAGAAGAAGAAGACGCCAGUCAAGUGACCAGCAGCCCUGUUCAGAAACCCAACGUAACGUUACACGUCAUGCCCGAAUGAUUACAGACUUUACUAACACCGUUAAGUUGACUCGAUCGCACUGGAAUGACAAGUACGCCGAUCCGACGUGUGUGCUAGCACGUAUACCUUUACCUGUCGACGUGUGUGCUAGACCAUAUACCUGUAUGCAUACAGCCGUCUUUGUCCAGUUUGUGACUACCCUGAAAACCAACGCAGUGACAGUCCUUGACAACCAUGGAGGACAAAGAUGGAAAAAUUCGCCUCCGUCUGGCCGAAGAUAUCAUCAAUGACCAGGUGGGAGGGGCCGGCUGGAUGUACCUGGACAUCGCACUACAGGUGGACAAGUACUCCCCGAAAACUCUCCUGGUCAAAACACGGAAGUGCGACCCGCAGGGCAAAAUCGUCCUCGAACCCAAGGCCAAAGAGAAGACCAGCAACUACCUGGCCCCCAAAGACUCAAGUGAGGCAAAGAUCUUAGACGUCUCAGUCCAGGCCUACCCGAAGAAGGCGUCUUGGAAACAGACGUACAGCUACGAGAGGAGCGUAAACGGUAACGUCAGUCUUAAGGCGGUGGAGGCCGUGGGUUUCUCGGCUGAGGGCAGCAAAACUAACAAACGCUGCGUGGAGACCACCUGUACUGACCUGGAACACAGAAGUGUGGAUAUAGAAGACCUGAGGAAGGCGCUGUCUGGACUGACGGCCCAAACCAGCGCCGAGGGGAUCAAGAAUGAGACCAGCUUCCUGGUAGUCACAGACGUGUUGGUGGCGAAGGAAGUCAGCAUCAUGGAGACACGGGACUCAAAGAAGGACGGAAAGGUGAGCGUCGACGCUGAGGUCCACGGAGUGGGUAUUGAAGCGGGCGGGGGCACUACCAAGGAGACAGCUGCUAGCCUCGAGCGCAGCAACACCGGAGGCAUUAUUCUCGCCAUCAAACUGGCCCGAGUCUAUUAUGACGAACGCGGCGCCAUAGAGAAAGACAGUGUGCUGGCAGGUGGAAGUUACGAUGGGAACUACACUCUGGGCUUCGGUAACAAGGACAGGGAGCGGCACUACACGGUGACGACACUGGCGAGACCCAUCGGCGUGAAGAAGGACAAGUUCGAGAUUAACGUGAGCCUACUCGGGCGACAGAACAGCACAGAGGUCAAAGUGCCACAGGACGUCUGCGAAACUGGUCUGCAUCAAACUAGAAAGAGCCUUCCGACCGGCUCCAAGCUCCUGCCAUUAAAAGGGAUUCAGGUCCUCAAGUCUAAGAAGAAGAAAAACUUCCUCUCUCGCAUGAAACAUCUAUUUUCAUCCAAGGAAGAAGAAGAAGUCAAACUGGCAAAGGUGUUAGUGACAGACCUGGAGAAGGACCAAACCUACAUCUGUCUCUGUAGCGAGGAAACAGCCGUUACCGACGACAAGAGUCUGUGGUUCGACUGUAGGCAGUGGAGGGAGGAGGUUGCCGGCCAGGAGUUCCAAGUGACCGUCGAAGGGAACUGCUACUACGUGGCCGAAGAUGAUCCGAUUGUCCGAGUCUUCGGUGACCGAGAAUGUGAUGAUGGCUUUAUUAGCUGGACCAACGCUGAGACUAAAGAAGAGGAGCGAGACAUAGUUCGUGCUGCCCGAACGUUCAGGGAGUACGGGAUCAAGGCAAACGCAGUCAUCGAACUGACAGAGGGUUUUCGUGGAGGAAUGCUCAAUAGUCUUGAGGGUGGGCGUUCGUUGGGGAAAUGUGAACUGGAGCUGACCUUUGAAGCCUGUCAAGUGACCCUGCGCGUGGGGGAGGAUGAGCGCAUCGACACGCUACCGGAGAAGGUGAUGUCGCUCUUGGUGGUGUAUCAUGGUGACCAGAAGGUGACAGAUGUCCGUCAAAGGCUUGACGACCUCGAUCUGCUGUGGGACAACAUGGAUCGUCGUGCUGUUUCUGUUAAAAGUUGGUGGAAUGAAACAGAAAAUCGAUGGAUCGAAGAACAAGAUGAACCAGAAGACCCAAACAAAUUGGUGUUCAAGGUAGAAGACGCACCACCUGUUACUGCAGGCUUUGAUAUCCAAGUCGCCGUACCAACAAGCCAGCUGAAAAUGACUGUCAUGGAGAACGACAGCGUGAGCGACAUCAUGCGAAGGCUCCACAGGGUGUACGCCCGGAUGAACGUGGUGCAUGACGGGAAGGUGAUAACGGGCCUGACUCAAACGCACAGUAAGCUGGGAAUCCAGGCUACUGCGCAUGUGCAGCUGCAGUUUUGCGACCCAGAGAAUCCACCGGCUGUACCCACUCUUAAAGAAGCUGAAGAGAUUGAGAAGGCAAUAGAGUCACUGAUACAGGAGCUUCAGGGAGUUGAACAAGGAAAUGCUGAUUCAGACACCGAGAGUGAAGCUGAGAAACAGACUGGAGAAAAUAUUGACUGGUCCGCUGUACGCCGUAUCCUGUGGCGUCACCUGGAGCUCCGGGACGGAGACCCCGACAUCCCGCCCGGGGCCCUGGGGAUGCUGAUCCGGGAGGUGGGGGAGGACACCGUGGCAGGGGAGGUGUUACAGACCAUCCUGGAGGCCGCCUUGGAGAGAGAGGGGGAGGGGGGCUGCCACUGGAUCUGAGGGCGCUCCGUAGUCUCCAAGCAGACGCGUGUUAGUUGAAUAAGGACAAAUAAGUGGCUUUAGUAUUUAAGUCUUUUUUGCAGUCUAACCCCAGCCUACCAGAUCACUCCUAGGCCAAUUAACCCCAACUAGGCUUUUACUCUUAACUUGACCAAAGUUCCCUUUUACUAAACUGCAACAGUGCUAAUAGUGUCAAGUAGCAGUUACUCAAGCAGCUAGAUAUGUUACUUGGAAACGGUCAAACGUUGCAGAUAGGAUGCACUACUUUUCCUCAGUUACACCGGGCGAUUUCCUGUUAAUAGUUUUAGAAUGAAUACAUACAAAGUGUUAAAGGUGACAACGUUAUAGUCUAAAGUUAUACAGUAGGCUGGGUAUGUUUAUAAUAUCUCUUGUUAUUGACAUCAUUAUCUUGUUAUGUUUACUUAGAUCUUUUGGGGGAGGCGAAAAGAUAUCACCUCGCAACUCUCUCACAAUAUGUUAUAGGUAUUUCACUGACAAUGAUUAAACGGGCAUAUUACAUUUA